UCUCUGAUUACCAUGCCCAAAACAUUUGGACUUGAAGGUAUAAAAAGCUUUUGAUCGGAAGAAAGGUGUAUCACUUCAUUUUAGUCCUCUUUCCACUUUCGGUUUUUCACAAAGGUGUGCAGUUGCAUUUCCGAAAUAAUCAAGAAGCUAUGGCAUAUAAACUUUUUUACAUCUUUGUGUUAUUUGUGGGCUGCAAUGCUGCUGUUCUAUCAUCUCUGCAAUCGAGUUUACCGACAAUCUAUGCACCUAGUCAUGGGAGCUUGGAGCGCUAUUCACCUGCCAUCUACGAUUUCGCUUAUUCAGUACACGAUAGUCAGACUGGAGACAUAAAAAGCCAACAAGAAAGCAGGAGAGGCGAUGUUGUACAAGGUCAAUAUUCCUUAGUUGAUCCGGAUGGUCUAACGAGGAUUGUCGACUAUCAUGCUGACGAUCAAACUGGCUUUAAUGCUCAUGUAAGGAGGGAGCCUGGAAAUAGUCAACUUUUAGCUGUUAAACCGGCAGCUGCAGCAAUAACGACCAUUUCAAGUGCACAACCAGCUGCACAGAAACCGGUUCAGUUAUUGCAAGCGCAGAAACCUUUGCUUGGUCUUCAAUUUAUAAAACCAGGUCUAGCUUCAUUGUCCCAACCUAUUGGUGCUCUUCAGACUAUAAACCAGCAGAGUUCUAGUUUGGGAGUUCCGCUUGCCUUAGCACCACAGACAACUUCGAUUUCCCUAGGACAUCAGAGUCUUCCUCUUGCUUUGGCUCACCAAACAACGAGUCCCAUUGCUCUGACUCAAUCUUUCGCGCCUUUGGCGGCUCUACAGCCCGCUGCUCAAUUAACACACAAUGGUUUAUUCGCUCAACACGGAGCUUCUUUAGCUUACAAUCAGGCUUUAGCUGCUCCCUACGCCAUAGCACACACUGCACCCAUCGCUUAUCAGGCGGCCGCACCUUUAUCACAUCUGUUAGCUCCAGCCGCUCUAGCGAUUCAUCACUAAUACGUUUGUCAAUAAUAAAUUGUAUUCGUAAUAAAAACUUUUGUACACAAUA